UGGACCCAACGGGAGCACAGCAAUGAGCCCGUCACAGAGUCUGUGGCCGACCUGCUGGCCGGGGAGGAACCCAUGGACUACAAGCGCAGCGUGCUCAACAUGGGCGCUGCCCAGCCCGCCAAGAACAAGGACAUGGAGAACCCUGCGGAGAUCGACGACAGGCCGGCCUGGAACAACAAACUGCAGUACAUCCUGGCUCAGAUCGGCUACUCGGUGGGUCUGGGGAAUGUCUGGCGUUUCCCCUACCUGUGUCAGAAAAAUGGUGGAGGUGCUUAUCUAGUUCCGUAUUUCAUCCUGCUCCUCAUCAUUGGGAUCCCGCUGUUCUUCCUGGAGCUUGCAGUGGGCCAGAGAAUAAGGAGAGGAAGCAUCGGUGUAUGGAACUACAUCUGUCCUCGGCUGGGAGGCAUCGGCUUUGCCAGUUGUAUCGUUUGUUUCUUUGUCGGCCUCUACUACAACGUCAUCAUCGGAUGGAGUAUAUUCUACUUCUUCAAAUCUUUUCAGUCUCCUCUCCCGUGGAGCGAAUGCCCACUAAUCACCAAUGGCAACGUUACCAUUGUGGAGCCGGAGUGUGAGAAGAGCUCAGCUACCACCUACUUCUGGUACAGAGAUGCUCUGAAUAUCUCAGACAACAUCAAUGAUGGGGGAGGCCUCAACUGGAGGAUGACACUGUGUCUGCUGUCUGCCUGGUUUAUUGUGGGACUGUGCACAAUCAAAGGUAUCCAGUCAUCUGGGAAGGUGAUGUACUUCAGCUCUCUCUUUCCGUACGUCGUUCUGGUUUGUUUCCUGAUUCGAAGUCUCCUCCUCAGAGGCUCAAUUGAUGGAAUUCUUCACAUGUUCACUCCGAAGUUGGAGAAGAUGAUGGAAACGCAGGUGUGGAGGGAAGCGGCCACACAAGUCUUCUUUGCUCUUGGUCUCGGGUUUGGCGGAGUCAUCGCCUUCUCCAGUUACAACAAGAAAGACAACAACUGCCACUUUGAUGCAGCCCUGGUGGCCUUUAUCAAUUUCUUCACCUCCAUCCUGGCGACCCUUGUAGUGUUUGCGGUUCUAGGUUUCAAAGCCAACGUGAUGAAUGAGAAGUGUGUGAUUACGAAUUCUGAAAAGAUUAUCGGAUACCUGAAUUCCGAUGUGCUGAGCCACGACCUGAUUCCGCCACACAUCAACUUCUCUCACCUCACCGCCUCUGACUACGCAGAGAUGUACACUGUGAUAAAGACCGUGAAGGAGGAUCAUUUCAAGGAACUCGGGCUGGACACGUGUCAGUUGGAGGAUGAGCUGAACAAGUCGGUGCAGGGGACAGGCCUGGCAUUCAUCGCCUUCACUGAGGCCAUGACCCACUUCCCAGCCUCGCCCUUCUGGUCCGUGCUGUUCUUCCUGAUGCUCAUCAACCUGGGGCUGGGCAGCAUGAUGGGAACCAUGGAGGGCAUCAUGUCACCAAUUGUUGACACCUUUAAAGUACGCAAAGAGUUUUUAACAAUCAGCUGCGUCUUGAUAGCUUUCGCCAUUGGACUCAUCUUUGUCCAACGCUCUGGAAACUACUUUGUCACCAUGUUUGACGACUACUCUGCCACGCUGCCUCUCACAAUUGUGGUGAUUUUGGAAAAUAUCUCUGUGUCUUGGGUUUACGGGACCAAAAAGUUCAUGCAGGAGCUGACAGAGAUGCUGGGCUUCACCCCGUACAGAUACUACUACUACACAUGGAAGUACAUCUCCCCACUGGCCAUGGCUAUUCUCUUGGUGACCAGCAUCGUUCAGUUGGGCAUCACUCCACCGGGAUACAACGCUUGGAUAAAGGACACGGCUACGGAGCAGUUCGUGAUCUUCCCAGGCUGGGCCUUGGGCAUGACCAUCGCCCUGAUUGUGGUGGGAAUCCUUCCCAUUCCCAUCAUCUUCAUCAUCCGCCACUUCCACCUGGUGUCCGACGGCUCCAACACUCUGUCCGUCUCGUACAAGCGAGGCCGGAUGAUGAAAGACAUCUCCAACCUGGAUGACCACGACGAGACCAGGUUCAUCUUGAGCAAGGUCCCCAGCGAGACACCAUCUCCCAUGCCCACUCACCGCUCCUACAAUGGACCCGACAGCAUCUCGCCAAUGGAAAUGACUGCGGCCAAUGGACGAUAUGGGGUUGGCUACCUGACAGCCGGCACUCCUGAGUCUGAACUCUAAGACGGACCGGGAGCAGGGGACUCGACUCGGAAUGCAUUUGUAAUAUAGGGUGAAACCGUAAGUGGUGCAACGACUAAUCGUCAGUGGUUACUGGGGCAAACAACCCACGGCCAGCAGAUCAAUUGGACAGUGAUCUUCACUGGUAAAUAACCAAUCCAACAGUGCAAGCUGAGUGGUUGGUGGUAGCAUCUACAGUCCUGGACCUUCAGCAGUGGAUCUGAUGCUGAAGCUGUGUCAGUGCGGGCACUGUAUGCAACAUUGGGAAUUGCUUUUAAUCAACCUGGCUCUAUAACAGCACAGGCAUCACAUACACCUCCCUAGUCAGCACAGAUAUAACACUGACAUAUUAAUCCAUAUAUAUUUUGUCCAUCAGCAUAAAUAGCACAUACACUAUGCCUAUAUAAGCACAGAUAUGCAUAUAUUCCAGCCCUAUAACAAUGCAGGCACGUUAUAUAUAAGCACUUAUCCACAGCAGAUAAGAGCAGAAUCCUGUGUCUAUCCUCCAUCUGCAUCAGCAGAUUAAAUAUUUAGUACUUUGUGAUACAGAGCCACAUUCUCUGUCCGCAGCAUAAUCAGCACAAAUGUCAAAUAGAUUUGAGCACAAGCGCUUUGUCUCCCAGCCCUGAUUUAGCACAAAUAUGUUCAUAUAUUCAACAUAUCUGAAUAUAGAUGCAGGAAAUCUCGCAGUGUAUUAAAAGCAAAUAAUGCAUACAUAUCCUGUAUGUCAGUACAGACGCCUGUAGAGUUGAUUGUCAAUGCAGAUGUCUCAUGUAAUAUCGACGUCAGUACAGAUGUGCCCUUAUACAUACUGUGCCAGUACAGAUGUUGGAUAUUGUAACCACAUAUCAGUGUAGGUGCUGCACACACCAUACUUGUGCCAAUAUGGAUAUAGCAUGUAAAAGCCAAGUAUCAUAUUGGAUAUUGCCAGCACUAGCCAAGUAUUUAAUCCAUAUAUUGCAUGUUUAAACCUGUACAGAUGUUGUACAUACUUGCUGUGUAUGUCAGUAUACAUGAUGCAUGAUCUAGCCAUGUAUCAGGAUCAAUGGUGCAUGCACUGGCCAUGAAAUGUAGGCAUUGCAUGAACUAGCCAUAUGUGUAUAUAGUUGGUGUUGCAUAUACUAGCUGUGCAGCACCAGAAAUAUAUGUAUGUUAUCCGUCAAAGGUUCCAAGUGUCGGAUGCAUGGAUUAGUCCCCGUGUUCCUGUACAGAUGUUGCAUGUGCAAACCAUGUUACUAUUGCUGUUGCAUGUACUUGCUUUGUUACACAUACUGAAUGCAGAUGUUGCAUUGGCUGUCUCUGUCUGUGUACAGAGGCUGCAUGCAGCUGCCCAUUCUGCAUGGACGUUGCUUACCAGCCUUGUGACAGUACAGAUGUUGCAUGAGUCGUGUGUCACUACAGAUGUUGUUUGUGCCAGCUGCUAAGUCUGUACAGAUGUUGCAUGCACUGGCCGUAUAUCAAUGCAGAUGUUGCAUGUUCUAACAGUAUUUCAGUACCAAUGUUGCAUGCAUUUGCCAAGUGUCAGAAGAGGUGUCGCAAAAACGCCUGCUGCAUCUUUACAGCUAUUGCAUGCACUUGAUGUGAGUAUAGAUGUGAAAGUGACAGCUAGGAAUAUAUAUAACAUAAUGCAUGUAUUGGCAUUAGCUGUGAUGUUCCAAGAACCAGCUGUGUUGUUAAUGCACAUGUGGCACAUACUUGCCACUUGUCAUUACAGAUGUUAUAUGCACUGUUGCUUCAGUGCUUAGUGCAGAUGUGAUAUGUACUGGCCACAUGGGUGUUGUAGGCACUGGCAGCUGGUGGCACAGAUGCCACAUGUACUGACUGCAGAGACGUUGAAUAUAGUUUGAGUCGAUAUUUGCUCCAUGGACUAAUACCAUAUCAAUGGAGUUACUGACUAGGUCCAGGUUUGUACUAACCCAGGGCUAAUGCAUUGUAAAGACUGAUUAAUCCAUGCACAAGUAAUGUAGCAUUUAAGGGAAAGAUUCCCCCAUCAGAUGGAUUAACUUCCACAGAUCAGGUCCCAUUGACCACAAGUCUGCAAACAGAUUGUGGACCAAGCACAAAUGAUAAGAGCACACAUUGGUAUAUUGAAACACCAACUGUGGAAAGAGCAGGUCUCUGAAAACAGAUAUUCCACAUUCCACCUAACAUUUUCCAUAAACAUUGCAGUAUUCUGACUAUGACCUUUUACUCUUGUGUUCCUCGUUACUGAGACCAAGGCCUAAUCAUUGGCCCUCAUCAUCAAGACCAUGAACCUCCUCAAACCUCAGCCAACAACCUCAUAGAAUAGUUUAAGAUGGUGUCACAGAGACACAUGCACAUUGAAACAAGGGGGCAGCUCUCGGUAUUGAAGGUAGAAGCAAACUGGCUGUGUAGCAGGUCCUUGGUUCCACUGGAUGGUUGAGAGGUUCAGCUUCAGAUCCCAUGAAUCGCUGUCCCAGAAUUAAGUUCUGUUCCAUAAAAUAAAUAGAGACGGUGAAAGGCUUGAAUCGGGACCAGUGAUCGUCAAAGUGUUGGGUUGUCACAUAACGCACAUCAGGUUUCCUAUUUUCCUCUGGGCAGUUUACUGCUCUCAACCGUGCCCGUGUUAAAUUAGUCACACAGGGCUGAAGAGAGUUUCAGCUAGUUCAGCCAUCUAGUGGCCCGCUCUGUCCACACCCCUUGCCCACACAAGGUCGGAACGGGUACUCAGAUCUGCCACUAGCAGGUCUGUAGAUCACAAGGACUUAGUGCGUGCAUGACUGAGAGAUGGAGACAUAUCUCAAUUUCGAAACAAUUGGAUUAUUAGAAUGUUAUUGCAAAACAUUGAACUAAGCCGCCUCUUCGUGGUGAACCCAGGUUGCCACAACAGAUCCCCGAGAGGCCAAUUCCAAGGCUUGGUCACACAAUGACCAUUGAUAAUCACAUUCAAGGAACCCCUUCCCUUCACAAUCCUCAACCCUCAGCACUAUGUAGCAACCGGCUUGGUUGUUGAAGGGAAGUCCAUCUCAAUAUCACAGACUAAACAGUGUUGGUUUGCAAAUUGCAGUAUUAAAGCUUGCAACAUCAACAGCAAGUAUCUGAAGAUUACUCGUUGCACUCUGUAUAGUGUUCAGAGAUUAACGUGUACCUGGAUUAGACACCAGUAGUAACCAGUCCUGUAUGUGUUGUUGGUACUUUAGCUAAAGUUGUGUGAGUUCAUGUAUUUGGGGAGGGAAUUAUUCUAGACUUUCUGUGGAGCCCAGUUAAUAUAUAGCACACCACGGCAAGCAGUGUGGGAAAUAACUUUGCCAUCUCUCUAGAUAUAAUGUUGUGAUUUCCCAAUGUUUCAGAGGUACAGUAUAUCAGCUUUCAUGUGUUGAUUUUGUUUCAAGUUGUACAAUCAGAUGGACCAGAUAUAACUGUCCACUGCACUUUAUAACUCCAGAGGUCCAUUGGAAUGUGGAAGGACAGCAUGUUGGCUGUUAAAACAAAGGUAACUCAGUCCCCUGCCCCUCUCUGUCUACAUUCCUUCGACUAUUCGAUCGGUUUGUUUGUGAAAGCUACAAUUAAAUGUGCUUUCAGGCUGCCAUCAUAACACUUUAAAUGUCACCUUAGCAUCUAUUAAAAUUAAGUAAUUGUUGCCUGGACAAUGAUUGGCAGUCCUGCACUAUUCUUCCUCAGCUUUCCACCACUAGGUGGCACCAGUAUUUAAACGCUGCACUGUCAAUGUGGUGCGGGUGACAUCUAUAGUUGUCCGCUGGUACUGCCUGCACGAUAAACUGCCGGUUGGUGGGACCACUGAGCUCACAACUCCACGAUUAACCAGCUGGUUACAGAUGGGGCUCGUCAAUCCAUCUGGGAGAGGGAAAACUCUGAUUUAAAACCUCCACUGCCUUGUGGCCAUAUCUGGAGUCAGAGUCCCUAAGGUAGUUUGUCGUUGUUGUGUACAACCUCGCUCUGGCAGCUCCUGCGAUGGCGCUGGUGCCAAACUGUAACGGCCCUGCUGUUCCUUUGGAUCAAUCAGCGACGUGGAGAGAGGGGACGUGCUGCAUGGGCAACAGCCUGUCCUCCAUAGGACAUCGAUCGCCCAGGCUUGCAUCCGACAAACUAGGAUGCAUCACGCAUGGUCAGUCAUGACCGAGGGGACACUAAUACCUACUGCAGACUAAUCUGGCAAAGACGAUGAAUUUACCCUUUGAGUCCAGUGUUGGGAGCGGAUAUCCACCAUUGUUAACUUCCCUGUUCUCACCCAAUGAACCCAGAAUGACAGUGGAUAUCACUGCUUCUCACAUUGGCAUUGGUCAUUGUAUACAACACCAGACAGGGGCCACUCACUAGCAAUAAGUGACAUGAUCUGUGACCUACACUGACCAGGUGACUAUAUUAACGUUAAUAUGGCAGCCAGGAACUAACACACAGAGUGACCUGUACGUAACAUUGACACAACAUAUAUUUCCAGGGUAAGUGUACGUUGUGUCGCUGUUCAGCACUGGUCACUUUGUAACUUAGUUACUCACCAUUAAUGUUUACCACCAAUAAAGUGACCGGUGAAAUGAACUGACCACAGGAACCAGUUACCAAUAGCCCUGAUAAACAGUGGUUACAAGGGCAGUCACAGCACACCACUAACAUCCCUCUGUAAGGUCUGAUCAGGCAAUAACAGUACAACAGUGAGACAGUAGGUUUUGUGUAGGAAGGAAGUGCAGAUGUUGGUUUACACUAAAGAUAGACACAAAAUGCUGGUGUAACACAGCGGAAUGGGCAGCAUCUCGAGAUAGAAGGAAUGGGUGACAUUUCAGUUCGAGACCCUUCUGAAGAAGGAUCUCGGCCAAAAACGGCAUCCAUUCCUUCUAUCCAGAGAUGCUGUCUGUUCUACUGAAGGUCUAUCUGUCCACUUAACUGCCACCCAGAGUGUCCCAGUGCCCUCUUAUUUUCAUUUUCCCUCCUUGCCUCAAUUUUGAGCAUGGGCUAUAUCUGUGUGCAUUAAUGCAUUAAUGGCAUCCCCCCUGCUGGGGCAGUCUCCCUGGUAGGGUAGACUGGACAGGCAUUUAUUGUAAACAGAUGCAAGAGUUUUAAUAUCUUAUGGAUAAAAGCCAGACUAGAAAUAAAAUCAAAUAGAACUUUGGACACCAAUAUGGUCCACCUGAAACUUUACUAAUGCCUGGCACAAUAACACUGAUUCAGUUUCAUGGACACACAAGGAACUGCAGAUGCUGGAAUCUUGAGGAAAACGCAAAGUCCUGGAGGAACAGCAACAUUUGUGGAGAGACUGGACAGGCAAUGUUCUGGGUCAUUCUGAAGCAGUCUCGACCCGAAACGUCUGUCCAUUCUCUCCACAGAUGCUGCCUGACCCGCUGAAUUCCUCCAGCACUUUGUGUUCUGCUCUGACUCCGUUUCACACUGCGUGAAAUGGGAAUGGAGUUCAGCGCACAUGUAUUAGCACAGAGCACAUUGAGCACACACCACUAACGUCAAGUAGGGGAAAUGAUAGAACACAAGCACAAAGUACGACUCGUGAAUUGUUUUAAGGCAUAUUUCUCUAUUUAGUGCUGUAGCAAUUGACUUAUUGCCCCAUGCCCACUCAGGACCACAAUCAGUAAGAUCACAUCUGAAGGCUAGAGCAAAUAAAACAUAAACCUCCAGCAACUGCCAGCAACCAAGGGGUUAGUUUUGUCUGACUUUGAGUCCUUUUCUCGAGAAGAAUCCUUCAGUGUGCUGUUGCCGAGCCCUGCAAUUGUUGCACCUCUGGCCGCUGUAGCAAGAAAUCUUGGCCAAUUUGGUAUUUGUGUGAGUUAGACAAUGUAGUAAUAGUCAACAGAUAUUUAUAUUGUACAUUGAACCUGUAUAUGUCUGUGUACAUUAUGUUAAAUUAUGAAAUUUCAGAAGUUUUGCUGAAUAUUUUCCUGCUAUUGUUGGUUAGUAGUGCUGUAUAUAUUCACUGUAUAUUUAAUAUAUAUUAUAUGGGAACAUGUAUAGCUUGUUUGUGUUUAGAAACAUAGAAAAUAGGUGCAGGGGUAGGCCAUUCGGCCCUUCGAGCCUGCACCGCCAUUCGAUAUGAUCAUGGCUGAUCAUCCAACUCGGUAUCCCAUCCCUGCCUUCUCUCCAUACCCCCUGAUCCCUUUAGCCACAAGGGCCACAUCUAACUCCUUCUUAAAUAUAGCCAAUGAACUGGCCUCAACUACCUUCUGUGGCAGAGAAUUCCACAGAUUCACCACUCUCUGUGUAAAAAAUGAUUUUCUCAUCUCGGUCCUAAAAUACUACCCUCUUAUCCUUAAACUGUGACCCCUAGUUCUGGACUUCCCCAACAUCGGGAAUAAUCUUCCUGCAUCUAGCCUGUCCAACCCCUUAAGAAUUUUGUAAGUUUCUAUAAGAUCCCCCCUCAAUCCUCUUUGUACUGCUCAAAGGGUUUUCUUGCCUAUUUAUCGAUAGUUUGGUGAUUAUUCUUUUGGUUUCCUGUUUUACUACAUGUUCUGUGUAAAACCUGAUGUCCUAUCAAACGUCCAGGUGGGUCUGCCCAGGAUGACUUUGAUAUGGGUGUACAUUAAGCUGGGGCCACAGUCGUGAAGCUGCGCAGCAGAGAAACAGGCCCUUUGGCCCACUUUGAUCAUGCUGAGCACAUUGGCCAGAGCAUGAUUACAGUCUGAAGAAGGGUUUCAGCCGUAUCAAACGUUGCCUAUUUCCUUCUCUCCAUAAAUGCUGCUGCACCGGCUGAGUUUCUCCAGCAUUUUUGUCUAUCUUCGAUUCUCCAGCAUCUGCAGUUCCUUCUUAAACAUUCUACACAGAAUUAUUGAUGUUUACAGCACAAGAAGGCACUGUAUCCAUGAAAUGGGAUGAUUAUCUAUUCCAUCUUCUCCAGCUCACACAUUAUUAAUCUGCAGCCUUGAAGGGAAUAGAUCUUGAGGUGCAAAUGUCCCUGUCCACUAUUCAAUGGUCAGCUUCUCUGCUAUGUGACUGCGUCUACACUUCCCAGCUGUGUAAAGGGAUCCCAGCUUAGAAUCGUAUUCUUCACAGGCUGCCAGCAUUGCUGUUCAAUGAUGAAUGGAUGGAUAUAGGGCCCAGUUACCACCAACAUUAGUCUGAAUAUUAAUCCUUUAUGCGAGGAUUAGAGUCAUAGACUGCACAGAAACAGACCCAACUCAGCCAUGCCGAUCAAGGUCCCUCAUCCAAGCUAGUCUCAUCUUUGGCCCAUAUCUCUCUAAACCUUCCCUAUUCAUGUACCUGUCCAAAUGUCUUCUAAAUCUUCGUUCUGUACCUGCCUCCUCGACCUCAUCCAUACACCCACCACCACAUGUGUGAAAAAGUUGCCCCUCAGGUUCCUAUUAAUAUUUCCCUUCUCUCCUUAAAAAAAAGAGCUGAACCGAUCAUAUUUAAACUUUUUCAGAAGACAUUUGGUGGUUGACAUUUGUGUAAAAGGCAAUGGAUCUCUGAAUGUGCAUUUUAUAUUUAAUGUGCAAAAUGACCACAAACAUUUCCUGCACCGUUUACAAUCUCUAUUGCCAAGAUACGAUGGGUGAAACAUAACAGAUUCAGGGCUGAGGGCAGAUAUUGUCUUCAUAAAGCCUGGUCCAUUUGAUGCCUGUAAAGUCUCCUGCCAUCCGCCAGCUGUUAUCCUGCUUUAACAAUGCUUCUUCAAAACCACCAUUGUACCUGCUUCCUCAUCCUCCCAGCUGCACCUUCCACGCACCUGUCGACUCCGGGUAAAACAGCUUGCCCUACGAACCCUUGAACUUUCUCACUCUCAUCUUGAAAGGCCAGGACAGAGUGGAUGUGGAGACGGUGUUUCCACUAGUGGGAUAGUCUAGGACCAGAGGCCAUAGCCUCAGAAUACAAGGAUGUACAUUUAGAAAGGAGAUGAGGAGGAAUCUCUUUAGUCAGAGGGUGAUGAAUCUGUGGAAUUCUUUGCCACGGACAGCUGCGGAGGCAAAGUCAAUGGAUAUUUUUAAGGUGGAGAUUGACAGAUUUGUGAUGAGUAAGGGUGUUGGGGGUUAUGGGGCAAAGGUUGAAGAAUGGGGUUGAGAGGGAAAGAUAGAUCAGCCAUGAUUGAAUGGCGGAGUAAACUUGAUGGGUGAAUCACCUUAUUCUGGUGCUAGCACGUGAUCCAUAUCCCUCCAUUCCCUGCAUAUAUAUCAAAAAGCCUUUUAAACAUUACUAUCAUAUCUGCCUCCACCACCACCCCUGGCACCAUGUUCCAGGCUCCCACCGCCCUCUGUGUAAAACAUGAGUCCUGCUCAUCAAGCUUAAAGUGCCCCUCUCAUCUGUUAGAGGAAAAAACGCAGUUUAAUCAGUGCAAACUCUUUAUUGUUUUGAAGAUAAACAAAAAAUGCUGGAGUAACUCAGCGGGUCAAGCUACAUUUCAAAAUGAUGGGUGAGGUUUCAGGUCGAGACCCUUCUUCAGACAAUGUUAGCUCACCUGUUUUGUAAUCACUCCAUUACGAAGUGUUAGGUGAACCACAAGGCUUUUAUUAAGACGUAUGCAGAGAGAAUAAUACAUACUUCUGCAUCAGUAUCAUCUUACAGACUUAUCAUCUUGCUGAGCUAGGGACAAGCAGGGCUGAUGUCAGUAACUGCAUUCCUUACUCAAGACCCGGAACGGAUUACAUAGCACGGUGGAAUGUGGAUCAUGCGUAGUAUAUGUGAUG